AUGGGCAAGCCUCGACUCAUCAUCCUCAUCCGCCAUGCCCAAUCCGAAGGAAACAAGAACCGCGAGAUUCACCAAACCGUCCCCGACCACCGGGUCAAGCUCACACCAGAGGGCCAUCGACAAGCCCAGGAAGCCGGCCGGCGCCUGCGGGCCAUGCUCCGGCCGGACGACACUCUCCAUUUCUUCACGUCUCCCUACCGGCGGACGCGCGAGACCACUGAAGGCAUCCUCUCCUCCCUGACCUCAGACGACCCGUCACCGUCGCCGUUCCCACGGAAUACCAUCAAGGUAUACGAAGAGCCGCGGCUGCGGGAGCAGGACUUCGGCAAUUUCCAGCCAUGCUCAGCGGCGAUGGAGAGGAUGUGGCAGGAGCGCGCUGACUAUGGGCAUUUCUUCUACCGGAUCCCCAACGGCGAGUCGGCGGCGGAUGCGUAUGACCGCGUGAGCGGGUUCAACGAGUCGCUCUGGAGACUCUUCAGCGAAGACGAUUUUGCCAGCGUGUGUGUGCUGGUCACGCACGGCUUGAUGACUCGUGUGUUUCUUAUGAAAUGGUACCAUUUCAGCGUGGAAUAUUUUGAGGACUUGCGGAAUAUCAACCACUGCGAGUUUGUCGUGAUGAAAAAGGAUGCAGAUAAUGGGAAAUACAUCCUACAGAACCACCUGCGCACCUGGUCCGAACUCAAGAUGCAGCGGGAUCUCGAAAAGCAAAAAGCAAAAGCUGCCCGAGAAGCUGCCUUUGGGACGGACGUCAGCUCAACCAACCCAGCGGCUGUGGGCUCCGUGAUUCCCAUAAGACGGAAAUGGGGAGGGUGCCCUGAUGGCUGCAACCACGGCUACAAGCCAUAUCGAGCAAGACUCCCCAUCAUCCAGAACCAAGUCUCCAAAUCAGAAGCUGAGGAGCCCUCCAGUGACGCUGUCAACAGCCAAACGCAGACAGAACAAAACGCCCCAAAAUCAACCCCCUUCACCACCACCCCCCUCCCCCUCGCCCCCCUAGACUUCAACACCACCACAACCACCGCCACCACCACUGCCACCCUAGAAAGCGAACUCACCCGCGGCCUCGCCAUCCUCCAACUAGGCGGCGGCAGAGACGCAGGCGGCUCCCGCAGCGGCGCCACCAGCCGCGCCUCCUUCACCUCCAACCGCGCCGACGACGAGGACCUAACACCCAUCAUCAACGCACGCAACCUCCCAGGCCCCCACCACGACGACGACAACAACAACGACAACCAGGAAGACAUCCACGGCAAAACGCCCCGACCGCCCAGCAUCCACACCUUCUCCAGCGGCCAGCGCCAGCGCCAACAGCCGACGGACGAUCCCGGCGCCAAACGGCCGCAUGCCAUGGCGAAUUCGCUAGGGGAUACGGACGACAAUGGCCUGGCGUCGCGCUUGUCGUCUGACCCGUGUUCUGACGAGGAUACUGAUAUCAACAUUGUUGCCGGCGGCUGUGGGAAGGCGGAUACAUGUGCCCCAUUGUUGCCUGGGCGCGAAAAGAGUGGCUCCGAUGAGCUCGAGGAAGAGGAAGAAGCAGUCGAUGAGAUAAAGACGCGUGAGCAGAGUGUUCAAGGAAGCGUAUAUUGA